CGAUAUCCGGUAGUAAUUGUCAAUAGAGCAAUAACGAUUUUGUGGUCUGACUCUGACCAGAUCAACAGGUCUUGCUCUUCUAAUGAAAUCGAUCUGUUUGAACUUUUGGCGACGUUGCUUUCAAAAUGAACACAAGCGAAUACCUGAAUCAACUUCUAAAAGACAAAACCACCAUUUCAAAAAUGCCCAAAAUAUUUCUUCAUUUAGAGCGUCUUCUUGAUGAAGAGAUUAACCGCAUUCGAACCGAACUUUUCCACGGUCCAUGCAAUGGCCUACCAGUACCUGCACCGGCCCCACUUAAUCUUCCUCCUUCUAACGGUAACAUUGUUAAACUAACAGAAAAGGUCUUUGCUCCUGUUAAAGAGUUCCCUAAGUUCAAUUUUGUUGGACGUAUCAUUGGCCCCCGAGGAUUGACCCUACGAAAGAUCGAAGCUGAAACCGGAUGUAAACUGUUGGUUCGUGGAAAAGGCUCAAUGAAAGAUAAGAAAAUGGAAGAGGAGAAACGUGGUCAGCCAAAUUAUGAGCAUCUAGAAGAGGACCUGCAUGUUCUUAUUGCUGUUGAAGAUAGCGAAGAUAGAGCAACUAUGAGACUUGACCGAGCUGUAAAUGAAAUUAAAAUGUUGAUGAAGCCUGUGGAAGAUGGUGACGAUGAAAUAAAAAGAGAACAACUAGGUACACUGGCUCUAAUCAAUGGCACGUAUAGACCACCAGGUUCUAAUGGGAAUAUGAACAUGAUAAGCCCACCAGUUACGCCUGUUUCGGGUACCUUUCCUGUUCUACGAACAGCUACUAGUGGAAAUCACUUGCCUUCACAAGAAUUCUCCUUUCCUCAACGUACUGGCGUCGUGGACAUAUCAAUGGAUGGCACCUUCAUUGAAAACGGUGGUCUUUUUGGUUUGGGAAGUAAUUCUAAGUUACGACGUGGUAUAAUAAGAGAACACCCAUAUUCAAGGUGAUGUAAUGAUUCCUAUUGGAAAACGAUCAUGUCCAGAGGUAGCCAGGUGUCACUUGAAUCAUUGUUGCCAUACAGUAAAGACUCUCAAGACGAUCAACGGCUUAAACAUUUGCCUCAUUUAUAAACAAGUCAUGGUUGUGACACUUUUUGAAUUCAAGAUAUAUUAAUAGUACAACGACUUUGUAACAUCGAUCACGACGCUACGAUCUCAUUGACAGUAUAUUAUAUGAUUCUUAAUUUGUA